UCUACUUACCUUACCUCCUAGUUCCUCUUCUACUUCCUUUUCCCUUCAUCACUAACACCUUUCUCUUCCUUUAAUCUUCUUAUCUUAGUUCAAACAAAUGUGGUGCCGAAGGGUAUGGAUUAGUAUCUGCAUGUAAUUGCUUAGUUUUAUCUUAUGAGCCAUGUAAUUGCUUCAUUUUUCAUCACAUCCACAAAUGCCUCCCCCUCUUCAUCUUCAGGCUUUUUCCUUCAUCAUCAACAUCUUUCUCUUCCUUGCACUCUUCAUAAUCCCAAUACAUAUCACUAGUGACGUUGAAAGCUUCAAAUCUUGUGCACCUUUUAGUUGUGGAAAUUUCACCAACGUUAGUUAUCCAUUUUGGAGUGUUAACAACCAACCAAGUUAUUGUGGCCACCCAAACUUCAACCUUGAUUGUGAACAUGGCAACUUGACUAUUGAGAUCAAGUCACAAAAGUUUCACAUCAUUGAUAUAAAUCAAACAUCUCGACUUUUGAGGAUUGCCCGGUUGGAUUUAUGGAGUAAUGAUGCUGCUACUAUUGUUUCUUGUCCCAAGAAAUAUAUCAUUGUAAACCUAGAUUUGGAUUUCUUCAACUACACUUCCAAGUAUGAAAAGUAUACACUAUUGUACGAGUGUGGCCCUCUUCCUGAUCCAUACUCGUCUUCUUUGAGUUCAGAAGUUUCUCAAGUGAUUUCUUGCCUCAUAGAGGGUAAACCUCGUAAUGCAUACUUGGUGUCAAGUGCUAAAGUGGUUGAUUUUAUUGGUUUGGGAUGUAUGAAUAAUAUUACAAUACCUGGCCUAAAGAGCUCCAUCAUAGAAGACUCGGAUUCUGUGGUUGAUGUUUUAGACAAAGGAUUUGAUGUUAGGUGGAGUGGCGUGGAAGAAGACAUAUGUGAUGGUUGCAUAAAAUCUGGUGGGAGAUGUGGAUACAAUGCAUCUGAGAAUGCAGUUUUGUGUAUGUGUCCUAAUCAAGAGUCUUAUGGUGAUUGCGGGUUUUGCCGCCUGAAGUCAACAACUGAGAUUUUGCCGGAUGAGCCUGAUUGCAAAAGACUUACGUUACGCAGUCCGAAGGGUAAGCAGCUGAGCUGGAAAGGGAAAAUGAAAAUCAUUCUAGGUGUUGGAAGUGUAGCAAUAGUUGCAUUGCUGAUGUGCAUCAUAAUCUGUUGUUAUAGAGGCAAGUCAUCGAUACUACAUGUAAAAUUUUGGUUUAAGACAAAGAAUGAUAUAAACAUUGAAGAAUUUUUAAAAGAUCAUAGAGCACUAUUACAAAAAAGAUAUAAAUUUUCAGAAAUAAAGAAAAUGACAAACUCAUUCAAAAUUAAACUUGGUCAAGGGGGUUUUGGUGCUGUGUACAAAGGAAAGUUAUUCAAUGGUUCUCUUGUAGCAGUGAAGAUUUUGAAUGCAUCGAAAGGAAUUGGUGAAGACUUUAUUAAUGAGGUUACUAGUAUUACUAGAACCUCACAUGUUAAUGUUGUUACCCUUCUUGGAUUUUGUUUUGAAGGUUGUAAUAAAGCUCUCGUAUAUGAAUUUAUGUCUAAUGGUUCCCUUGACAAAUUUAUUUACAAUAAGGGACCUGAAACCAUUGCAUCUUUAAGUUGGGAUAAUUUGUAUCAAAUUGCCAAAGGGAUAGCUCGAAGUUUGGAGUAUUUGCAUAGGGGGUGUAAUAUCCGGAUUUUACAUUUUGACAUAAAACCGCAUAACAUUCUUUUAGAUGAAAAUUUAUGUCCAAAGAUUUCAGAUUUUGGACUUGCAAAGCUCUGUCUCAAGAAAGAGAGCACUAUUUUCAUGUCAAAUGCAAGAGGAACAGUCGGAUAUGUAGCUCCAGAAGUAUGGAAUAGACAAUUUGGAGGAGUUUCACACAAGUCUGAUGUUUAUAGUUAUGGAAUGAUGCUUUUAGAGAUGGUGGGAGUGAGAAACAAUAUUGAUGUUAAAACAAAUCAAACUAGCGAGUAUUUUCCAGAUUGGAUAUACAAUAAGCUAGAAACGGAUAGUGAUUUGAGAUCUGACAUAGUGAUGGCCAUUGAAGAAAAUGAGAUUGCAAAAGGAAUGACUAUUGUUGGUUUAUGGUGCAUUCAAACAUUGCCAAAUGAUCGACCAACAAUGAGUAGAGUGAUUGAAAUGUUGGAAGGUAGCAUGAAUAUCCUUGAAAUACCACCAAAACCUUUGGUUUCUUCUCCUACAAGAUCAUUAUUGGAAUCUUCAACUUCUUGAAAUUUGGAUCUAUAAGUAUAUUUCAAGUUAACUUUUCAUUUUGUAAAAAAAUGAAAAAGGUAUGUUCUUCAUAAUACUUUUUUCGUACUUUUAUUAUUAUUAUUAUUAGGCAAGUAGAUUACAUAUAUGUGAUUCAAAUACCAAUGUGAUCUAUGUGGAUAACUGAAGGCAAAGAAGAGUAGAAGUUUGUAUUGUUAUUGAUUUUUAUGAAGUUCAUUUUUACUAUCCUGACUUUUUGUAUUGUCACUUGAUUUCACAAACACACACACAAGUUAGAGGGUGGAAAAUGUCCCAAGCUUUGUGACUAUAUCAUGGAAGAGAAAUGAUAUUUAUACAAUCAUUUUGUGACAACUUUCUCCCUCUCAUACUCACAUUAUGAUUUUACUUUAUCUAUCUAUUGAUUUGAUUUUCGUGCCAAUAUCUACUUUUCUUUGUAAAUCUAUGGUUGUUCCAUAAGUUUUCAUACAAAUGGUUGUUCAAAUAACACAUUUCAUCCUGGAAUGGUCUAGGAUUGGAAGCCUUAGUGAAUAUACAUGCUACUUGAGAAACAUAUGGGACAAUUAAGAGUCUCAUGAGACCUUCUUGCACAUUGAGACGUAGAAUGUGACAAUCAAUGUCCAAGUGUUGGGUUCGCUCAUGAAAGACAAGGUUUAAUUACAAGGAUAAAGGCUAAUCGUGGUGGUUGAAAAUACUGAUUUUGGAACGUCAUUUGUGGCGUGUGCACACCUUCUGCAGUUUAAAGCAAUGUGAGGGCAUUUCGCGACGAUUAGAGCCAACAGCUGGAAUAAGCGCCAAGAGGGCAUUCCGCGGCUGUUUAUAUUUUGCGGUAUUUGACUUUGGUCAUGGCAUUCGCGGCGGUUCCAAACUGCCAUAAUUGUUGCCAUUUAUUUUAUUGAAAUAAUUUCUUUUAAGUAUUCAUUUUUACCACUUAGGGUAGCAAGAUAAGGACAACAAUUUAAGGUCAAUCAUGUCAACCAGUUAGGAGUUUAGUGCCUAUGUCAUGACAAAACCAAAAUUUGCUCAGUUUACAUUUACAAUACCAAGAAUGAAAUACAAAAUAGAAUUAAAGGUUACAAGCAUAUACGGUCGACAAUCAACUGUAUCAAAAGUUGUUGCUUUUAUUGCAAGAGAUGUAGAUAAUACAUAAAAAUUAUAUAAUUAUGUAAACUCAAAGUGGUAAACUUCAAAGAAUAGACAAGUUUCUUGCAAGAUGUCUACAUUACCAAUAUCCAUUACUAUUUUCGUAUGGUGACAAUGGCUAUAGAUCACAAGUGGCUCAAAACAGAUGUGGUAAAAUCACUAAAAUGAAUCGUAUUACUAUAAGAGAUUGACCGGCCCUCAAAAUUAUGUCUAGAACCAAUGAGGCACUUUAAGAUGACUUAAAAUAAUUGUAAGGUAUCAACCAAUGGGACCAAGUUAUUUGUAACCCAUGUCUACCGUGACAUCAUUGUUUCACGUCUCAAUCAUUGUUCCAAUAUCUCUCUAAAUUUACGUGAAAAAUCUCUAUGUGGUUCCGACAAUCGUUCUUUCUUUCAGGUCAUGUUGGCGAUGAAGAAAAGCUGUUACAUGAAAUUCCAAGUUUGAAGUUAUGUAAGAAACAUAUCAAAGUGCCGGUAGUUCUUAUUCUUUUGAUUUUCCACGCUUUCACUUUCGUUCGUUCUCUCUGUUCUCCCUCGCCAUUUCCGUUCUCUCCCUUCGACAUUCCCAAUCAACACUCGAUCAUCUUCAUCACCAAUCAAAUUUCAUCAUUCAACACGAAUCAAUGGCAUUUGUCUCAGAAUCUUCAUCUUAGGGUUCCAAAUAUCAAGGAUAUUUUCUCAAUUCAUGCUAAAUUCAUGGCAAUUUAGCUGAGAUUUCAUCAAGAAUGCGGCAGCAUUGAACGUCCGAUUGCAGUUCAAGCAUUGUUGCUCUUGUUGUCUCUCUUCUCAACCCUAACUCUAUGUGUCUCUCUUUUUCUUCAUUAUUCUUUAGCAAGGGUAUUAUUGUUCUGCCUGUGAGGUGUUUUAUAGGCUGUGUUUAGGAAAGGGGAGAAUGAACUAUUACUCCGGCCUUGCACGAUGUCACUGCCGUCGUGAGUAUCUUCUUAGAAUUUCGUUCCAAUCUGUACUGUUCUUAAUAUUGUAUCGGAAUGAAUAUUAAUGAGAAAGUCAAUUUAGUGUCAACAUAGUUUGCAAUUGUUGCAACAAUGUUGUUCGUCGCUUGAUUUUGUUAGUGAAAGCAUAUCUAAUUGCCAAUUGUUAUAAGUAUGGACAAAGUUGUUUAUCGAUAUGACCAUUAUUUAUAUGAUUAUGAUAUACAUGUUGCUUUUUGUAAUUUGCAUCAUCGUAUAUUUUUUGGCUGUUUCUA